AUUGUUGAUUCAUUUUGUUUUGGUUAGAUCUUUGCUGUUCUUCCUUAUUGGGUGGUAAUUCAAACUGAGAGAGAAUGUCCGGCGGGGGCAAGCAGAGUAGCUUCAGGAAAGCGCUCGGAGCCAUCAAAGACACCACCACGGUUUCAUUGGCUAAAGUCCACAGUGAUUAUAAGGAACUGGAUAUUGCGAUAGUGAAGGCCACAAAUCAUUACGAACGCCCUGCAAAGGAAAAAUACAUUAAAGCAAUUUUCAAUGCCAUUUCAGCUACUAGGCCUCGGGCUGAUGUUGCCUAUUGCAUUCAUGCUCUUGCAAGACGAUUAUCAAGGACACAUAAUUGGGCGGUAGCAUUGAAAACUUUAAUAGUGAUUCAUCGUGCUUUGAGGGAGGUGGAUCCUACAUUUCAUGAGGAAGUCAUUAACUAUGGAAGAAGUAGACGCCAUAUGCUUAACCUGUCUCAUUUCAAGGAUGAUUCCAACCUAAAUACAUGGGAUUAUUCUGCCUGGGUUCGCAGUUACGCCUCGUUCUUGGAGGAGAGGAUGGAAUGUUUCCGUGUCUUGAAGUAUGACAUCGAUAUGACCGGCCCCAGAACCAAAGAUUUGGACACUGAAGAGGUGCUUGAACAUUUGCCAGCUUUGCAACAACUUCUUUUCCGUGUUCUCGGUUGUCAGCCAAUAGGUGCAGCCGCGCAUAAUCAUGUGGUUCAGUUGGCACUUUCUUUGGUUGCUUUAGAAAGCGUCAAUGUUUAUCGAGCUUUAAGUGAUGGUACAGCCAAUCUCAUGGACAAGUUCUUUGAUAUGCAACGUUCUGAUGCCAUGAGAGCUUUGAAAAUAUACAGGAGAUCCAGGCAUCAGGUGGAGGGGCUUUCAGAAUUCUAUGAAGUAUGUAAAAGGCUUGAUAUUGGGCGUGGCGAAAGAUAUAUUAAGAUAGAGCAGCCCCCUGCAUCCUUUCUACAAGCCAUGGAAGAUUAUGUAAGUGAAGCUUCACAGGCUUCAACAGUGCGCAAAGAUCAGAUUGAAAAACCCAAAGAAGUGUUGGCCAUUGACUACAAUAAAACCCCAGAUGUGCAGCAAUGUUCACCACUACCUCUUCUGUCCACACUGGAAGAAGCCGAAAAAGUAGAAGAGCCUAUGGUUGAACCGUCUGAUUUGUUUGGUUUAAAUGAUCUUGCUCCAGUUGCAUCAAAACUAUAUGAGAAGAAUGCCUUGGAUUUGGCUAUUGUUCCCGUUGCUGAGCAAACAACUCCUGCCGCUGCUUUUGUUCAAGCAAAUGGUACUACAGGUUGGGAAUUGGCACUCGUCACCGCUCCAAGCUCGAACGAUACUGCCACUGCCACUUACAAAAUGGGCGGAGGAUUCGACAAGUUUAUGUUAGACAGUCUGUAUGAGGAUGCAAUCCAAAGUAGCUACAAGAACGUCAGCUAUAAUCCAUGGGAACCACCUCCAACGUCUGGCGCUAUGAUGCAACAACCGUUACAUGACCCCUUUUACGCCUCCGACGUGUUCGCUGCUUCACCUUCGGUCCAGAUGUCCGCAGUGGCCAAUCAGCAUCAGGCUUUUAUGUUGCAGCAGCAGAUGAUGAAGAUGGGUCCACAACAGCCGCCUUCUAAUGCUUUCGGAUAUCCUUAUGGUGCCCGCGUCCGCCCUUACAACUCCAGUAUACCUUUUCAACCAUAUACAGGGCUUAUGUAG